AUGCGGCUCAAGAAACAUGUUCCGCUCAUAAUGUCGACAAUGAGGCGCGUCGCUCUACGCCCAGUUGCCUCUUCGCUAUGCAAUCGCUGCCGCCGGUACAUUUCAUCGCAAGCAUAUCCUGAGAAAGUGGCCGUGCUUGGUGGCGGCAUAUCAGGUCUCGCGAGCGCGUAUUUCGUGGCGAAGGAAUUCCCACAGAGCAAGAUCACAAUCCAUGAGGCGAACAAGGACGGUGGAGGCUGGAUACAGUCGAGGCGGGUGGAGGUGCCCAAAGGCGACGUGCUGUUUGAGUACGGGGCGCGGUCGCUGCGGCCGGGAAGGGACGCCCUGAUCACGGCGCAAUUGAUCCAAGAUCUGGAUCUUACAGACAAUGUUAUUUUCACUAAGAAGGCUGCCACCGGCGCAAAGAAUCGCUACAUAUAUUACCCCGACCGACUGCAACGUCUCCCAUCCCCAGGAGAUGCGCCCGACUUUUGGCACAUUGCUGAGUUAUGGCGAUCUGGUCUUCUUGCCGGUGCACCGUAUGCACUUCUCGAACCGUUCCGUCGACAACGACCCGAAUCCUUGAAAGAUGAAUCGAUUGGCGAUUUCGUAGAGCGUCGUUUCGACAAGCGGUUAGGAACCAAUCUUGCUUCUGCUGUCAUGCACGGCAUCUAUGCUGGUGAUAUCUGGAAGCUCAGUGCUCGGACGCUCCUGUCGCAGGCAUGGAUGUUGGAGGGAUUGGCAGGCAGCAUAUACAAGGGCAUGAUCAAGAUCCAGCAGGAGACUCCGUUGACGGAGAGGGUCAUGCUUUUCCAUCCGCACGACUUGGACGUUUACAAGGCUAUGAGGGAGGAGGUGAAGCUGAACGACCCUUUCAGGGCGCUGCUCGAUGAGAGUGCAAUGUUCACCUUCGAGAAUGGCAUGGCUGAGCUAGUUUUAGCAUUGAAGAAAACCCUCGAAAAGAGUGGAAACGUAGACUUCAAGUUCGACAGUCGGGUUCAAAAUUACAAGCUUGCAAAAGAAAACCGGGAUCAGGUCGACGUUACCACGGGACCCAGAGAAGCUCCCUCUACCGAAAAAUACGACCUCGUCGUCUCCACUCUUCGCAAUCCAAAACUGACCCCCUUUGUCACCGUCAUGACAGUGAACCUCUAUUUCCCGAACCCAAACCUCAUUCCUGAAAAGGGCUUCGGUUACCUUAUCCCCCAGUCCGUUGCCUUCGAGGAGAAUCCUGAACGCGCUCUGGGCGUCAUAUUUGAUUCAGACGCUAUUCAAGGUCAGGACACCGCCGAAGGCACUAAGCUUACCGUCAUGCUUGGCGGCCACUAUUGGGAUGGGUGGGAACACUUCCCCUCCAACGACGAAGCCUAUGAGCUAGCCAUGUCGCUCCUCCGCCGCCAUCUUCACAUCAAGGAGGAGCCCACGAACUAUCAUGUCAAUCUGAGUAAGGACUGCAUUCCCCAGUAUACCGUCGGAUACGAUGAGCGACUGAAAGGGUAUGCGGAACGAGUACUAUUUGAAUUCCAAGGGAGAGUGCGGGUCGUGGGAAAUCAAACGCAUGGUGUAGGUGUGAAUGACUGUAUAAGAGGAGCAUGGGCGAUGGCUAGGCAAUUGAGGGGUGUUGGCUGGAAGAAAAUGGAAACGGGCUUGGAGAAGGCGUUGGAUGAGAGGUAUGAUGGCGCCUGGAGGUACGGCGCGGUCAAUGGCAAUGAUCCUCCGGACGCUGACGAGUACACUAGCAUACAUGUUCAUGUUGGAAAGUUCAUGUGGAGCCACGAACAAUCCGAUUACGACUCUGCCAUCAACAAUUUCGACGGGGAUGAAAUACACCUACUCCAGUACCUAUUCGGCUACUGCAUCUACUGCAUCGGGCACUGGAAGUACGACUGGCAUGGCGAAUUCGACGGCCACGGAGGCGACAUCUUCUGGUUCAACAGGAUCUUCGACCACCUCGAACACAACGCGUGUGUGGGCGUUUCCGUCGGCGCAAUCGUCGUCAUUGCGGCCGUGGUAUUCUUCAUCAUUCGAAAACGCCGCAGACAGACACCAGCAAAGACGAAAGAAGAGGCCGAGGACGCUGCACCGCCUCCCAUCGACGAGAAAAGGGCGCAAGUAUUGGAACACUCAGUGGGAGCCUCAGAGCUUGAUGCUAGGGAACGGGCAGAAAUGUGGUCACCGCCGGCAGUGGCAGAGGUGGGGACGAGUGCCAAUGUUUCGGAGCUACCGGGCGAUUCGAACUUCCUUCAGACAUCGCCUAAGCCGGAUGCGGGGAUGAGUACUGUGUCGGAGCUGGAGGGUGUGGCAAGCGUAAGAGAUGAUCUUCCGGUACCGCUCUAUAAGGUUCAGGCCUUGUGUUCAGAUUGCAUGUUGCCGGAAUAUCGGUUUCGCACGCUCAGAAGUGUGGAGUGCUAG